AUGGUAAAUCUGCGUAACAUAGCAUCUUCCUCACUUGAUGCCGCACCACCACCACCUCCUCCACCAACAAACCCAAACACCAAAAUAUCUCCGAGUGUCCUAAAAUUAAAAACAAUCUCCCCAGACAGUGUGCUCUUUGCCCCAACCCCAAAGACUAGAAAGCCAGCCCCAACAGGCCAAUACUUCUUCUAUGGCACUCUCCAGCAUCCAACCUUACUUAAGAACAUCCUCGAUCUGAGUGAAAACCCAGUCCUGCGCCCAGCCUACCUGGAUGGCUACAAGACCAAGCUCUGGGGUUCAUACCCAGCCCUCUUACCCGGAAGACCGCAUGACACGGUGCAAGGCUCUAUUUAUGAAGUGAUGUGCGUAGAGCAUGCGGAGCGUCUUGCGAACUAUGAGACCAAUAGCUAUGCCACCCAGACUUGCGAGGUUCGCUUUGGGGAGGAUAAGAACUCAGUCUAUACAGAGGGAGUUUGUUUUUUGUUUGUGGGAAAUGAGAGGGAUCUAGUGGAGGGGGGAUUUGAUCUGCAGCAGUGCAAGGGGUUGCACAACUGA